ACGGAGUGAUACGUCGUUUUUGUAAAACUUCAUCCAGAUUUUCUGCGUGUGGCUGAGAGGAAGAGACACUAAUUAUAUAGAAAUAAACCCGGUUUUGUGGUUCUGUUGGCAGGUUGUGGUUCUGCUGCAGGUAACGGAGCACCUCAGGAGCCGCUCAGCGAGUUUCUGUUCGGUUGUUACAACAUUCAGACUGAAGCCCAGUCUGCCUGCAUCUGUCGUCGUGCAGUCUUGGAGACAGGCAGAAAGUACCUCUGGGUCGGUUCUUACUUGUUUAGCUGUGUAUCUUUCCUGGAUAAAACAGAUUGAGAUCUUAUUGCAACAGAAUUCAAUUGGGCCAUAUUGGAUUUCAUGAAAGUGGGUGUUGGAAUGAACAGGUCCAGGCCCAGCAGGGAUAAAAAGGUGUCCCAGGCUUCAAUCACCAGGAUAACUCGCAGCACCAGCUCCCGGGCUAGGCAUCCCAUCCCUGCAGAUCCUCAGGACUCGGGGCAGGGCCCAUAUGGAAAGCAACGAAGGAAGCAAACUGACUCGGCUCUCGCUCAGGACCUCAGCCUGAUGAUUGUGAGCGGACAGGACACUGCAAGUAAAGGAAAGAUGUCCCAAGCUGGCAGAAAUCCAGUGCAGGCCUGUCAGUCCACAUCUGAUCAGAUUUUCCCAUAUUCAUUCCCUGCAAAGUCCUCCCCCCGGGGCGGUCUUGCCUCGGCGGCCCGGCUUGUGAAACUCGGACGCUGUAAAAACGUGCUGGUGGUGGCAGGAGCAGGAAUCAGCACGCCCAGCGGCAUCCCAGACUUCCGGACUCCAGGAACAGGGCUCUAUGCCAACAUGGAGAAGUAUAACAUCCCUUACCCUGAGGCCAUUUUCAACAUCGACUACUUCUCCAACGACCCCCAGCCUUUCUUCUCCUUGGCCAAGUCUCUGUAUCCGGGCUCUCACCGUCCCAACUACAUACACUACUUCAUCCGCAUGCUCCACCACAAAGGUCUGCUGCUCCGACUGUACACCCAGAACAUCGAUGGGCUGGAGAAAUUGUGCGGUAUCCCUGAUGACAAGCUCGUGGAGGCCCACGGUAGCUUUGCCACAGCUUCCUGCCACCUGUGCUACACUCCAUAUCCUGCUGAAGAGGCUAAAGUUGCUAUAAUGAAUGACAACAUUCCCACCUGCUCAUUCUGUGCCGCUACUGUCAAACCUGAUGUUGUGUUCUUUGGAGAAGACCUCCCGCAGAAAUAUUUCCUCCACACAGAAGACUUCCCCAAAGCAGACCUACUCAUCAUUAUGGGGACCUCUUUAAAGAUCGAGCCUUUUGCUAGUCUGGUAAAUACGGUGCGCUCCAAUGUGCCACGUCUCCUCCUGAACCGGCAUGCUGUGGGCCCCUUUGAGAGGGUCCCACUGCGGAGAGGAGACUACAUGGAGCUGGGUGAUCUGGCAGACUCGGUCAGGAGGUUUGCAGAAGUUCUUGGCUGGAGCGGUGAAAUCAAAGAACUGAUGAGGAGUUGAGAAAAGUUGAGCGUCCCUGCGGCGGUAACCGGCACUUCGCCCCAGAACGGACCAUCAUCAGAGACUGAAGACAUGUCAGGAACAUCCAGGUCAAGACCAGGAGCUCAAGGAAGUUGCAGCGAGGACAGCGACUCUGAGACGGACAGCAAAAGCUCUGCCUCAUCAAGAGCAAGCAAAUAACACUUCAGUUUAUAAUACUUCAAAGUUCCAGGAUUAUUUAAUUCCUCCUCAGCCCAACUGUUCUGUAAAUAUGCAGCUUGUUUGACUUCCCAGCUGUCAUAAAGUCAACGUGGUGUUUAUUUUGUUUAUAUGUAAAUAUAAAAUGUUUAAUCUAGUUUCCAUCUAGAACACUAGUGUUUAUGUCUGAGGCUAAUAAAGUUGUUUAAUUCAA